AUGGCCUGCUGCUCAACUGUUAAGUUCAACCCUCUGCAACAAAACCAGCACCUCCUCUUCGCCACUCUUUCUCACUACAAGUUCCCAUGCAGCCGUCCCGAAGCCCAAUUCCGCUGUUCUCCUCAGAUUCACGCUUUCUCCAAAGCCAAGCGCACAGCUUCUUUCAAAGCUAAACCCAGAGCACAAGCAAAUUCGCCCGCCAGAAGCUACGAAACCCGGAGGGGAACAGUGAAUUCGAGAACUGCAAAGGGGGGAGAUUCUGGGUUUUCUACUUCGGAGGAUGCUGAGAAAAGGGUAGAGAAUCAUUCUGUGAAAGGACUCGUCAGUUUGUUGCUGGAAAGAACUGGCAGCAGACAUGAAAAGGGUAAGAAUGCGAGGAAAUACAAACAAGAUAUCGUUUCAGGGGAUGCGGCUGCGAGGUCUGGUGAUGAGAAUGGAAGUGGGAAGAGGGUAAUAGCUGGUGAGGAAAGCCGAGCGUCUGAAAAUGGUGGAUUGGAUAAGAAGAAGACGACGAAGAAAACUGAAGGUGAGAAAACAGGGAAAGCGUCUAAUAAGAAGAGCAAGGCCGGUUUCCCUGAUAUUCAGAUGCGCCUCGAGUUCGACAUGUGCUCGAAGAGAGGAGACGUAAUGCGCGCGAUUGAAUUGUAUGAUUGGGCACAGAGGGAAGGAAUCUCCAUGGGGCAGUAUCAGUAUUCUGUAAUUUUGUAUCUCUGUUCUUCUGCUGCAGUUGGAGUUGUUCAGCCAGCCAAGAGCGGGAAUUCUGGUAGCCGCUCUUCAAAUUUGGAUGACAGGGAAAAACACUACAAUCGGGGAAUCCAGGUGAGUGAAGAUCUCAGGAAGUAUGCACUUAAGAGGGGAUUGGAGAUCUAUGAAAAGAUGUGUCUCCGGAAGAUACCAAUGAACGAAUCAACCUUGACUGCUGUGGCUAGAAUGGCAAUGUCGAUGGGCAAUGGAGACAUGGCCUUUGAUAUGGUGAAGCAGAUGACACAGUUGGGGAUAAACCCUAAACUGAGAUCCUAUGCCCCUGCUCUGUCUUCAUUCUGUGAAAUUGGAGAUGUUGAGAAAGCCUUCUGCGUGGAAAAGCACAUGUUGGAGCAUGGUGUCUCUCCCGAAGCUCCAGAACUCGAGGCAUUGUUGAGAGCAAGUGUGGAAGCUAGCAAAGGUGACAAGGUUUAUUACUUGUUGCAGAAACUCAGAACUACUGUAAGGAGGGUCUCACCUUCCGCUGCUGAUACAAUAGUUAGAUGGUUUGAUAGCGCUGCAGCAUCGAGAGUGGGGAAAAGGAAAUGGAAUGAAGUGGAUAUCAAAGAGGCAGUUGAAAAUGGAGGUGGAGGUUGGCAUGGGCAGGGCUGGUUAGGGAAAGGAAAAUGGAGAGUUUCUUUUACAUCUAUUGGACCAGAUGCAUCUUGUAGAUGUUGUGGGGAGAAGUUGGCCACAAUAGACCUUGAUCCUGUUGAAACAGAGAAUUUUGCUGAGUCAGUUGCUUCAAUUGCUGUAAAGAGAGAUAAAGACUCAAGCUUUAUGAAGUUUAAAAAAUGGCUUGAUUACUAUGGACCUUUUGAAGCAGUGAUCGAUGGAGCUAAUGUUGGACUUUCUAACCAGACUAGAUUCAUGCCUUCCAAGAUAAACGCUGUUUUUAAUGGGAUACGCCAAAAGCUUCCAUCGAAGAAACGGCCACUCAUUAUAUUGCACAAUAGGCGCAUCUCUGGACCAAAAAUGGACCAACCAGUGAAUAAGACGCUUGUAGAGAAGUGGAGAAACGCUGAUGCACUCUUUGCAACCCCUACAGGAUCCAAUGACGAUUGGUACUGGUUGUAUGCAGCUAUAAAGUUCAAGUGCUUGUUAGUGACUAACGACGAGAUGAGAGACCACACUUUCCAACUUCUAGGAAAUGACUUCUUCCCCAAGUGGAAAGAGAGGCAUCAAGUGAGGUUUCGCUUCGAUGAAACUGGUCCAAUCUUCCACAUGCCUCCACCUUACUCCGUUGUAAUUCAGGAAUCGGACAAAGGCCACUGGCAUGUACCUAUUGCAGUGGAUCAAGAUGAGGAAUCAGAAAGAGCAUGGCUGUGCAUUACCCGUCCUAACUCAUCUCCUGCAGGGCUAGCUUCCAUUAACCACAAAAUGGAGGGUUUAAUCUCAAAAGAGUUAUCCUUUAAAAAGGAUUCACAGCAAGAACCAGAUCAUCUUCAACCUUCUCAGUUCAUCAAGUCACUCCAAGAACUCAAGGAGUUGCGUUCUCAGCUCCAUUAUGCAGCAGAGUACUGGGAGAAAAGUUUCCUGAAUGCCAAACAGAAGAAAAAGGUUGUGGACAGCACAAAAGAGUACGUCUGCACUGCUGUGGUAGCUGUUGUGGAUCACCUUGGCAGCGUUUCAACCAAUCUGAACACCAUCGUUUCCAAAAAGGCCAGUAGCUUCUCUGAUGCUGAACUCAGAAUUGACACCCUGAAGCAAAGAUUCCUUGCCUAUGAACUGUAUGCUCAGAAGUUUGCUCUGACUCGAACAAGAUGGUGCUUUAACAUCAUCCCCAAAUCGCCCCGCCGCUAUCUGUCCACACCUAAUCUUGUCAGCGCAGAGAAAGAGAAAUCGUCAGAUGAGGACAUCAGGGAUGCAAGCUCUGUGUCUGCCUGGGAAAAGAGCGACACCGAGUCGAUAUUCGAGGCAGAGGACUUGCCCCUAUUCCUCUACACCUACACUCACAAGGGCUCUCCAGCCGACGCGAACAUCUCCGCGGUGGCAGUCCGGGACGCCGUCACGGUGUGCCGGAAAGGACAGGCACCCACGUUUCAUUUCCAGCAGAGCGGUGUUCCUGAGCAGAAGAAGCAUGGACGGAGGAGAAGAUUGUCGGGUCGUAGUAGCGGCGAUAUAAUGGCUCUGGUUCGCCGGAGCAAGCGAGGAUUGGAAGGCUUGUGAAGAAGGGCGAGGAGAUUUGUUUGUAGUUUUGACACUUGACUAAUGUUCUUCUGUAUGUUGUAAGAUGUAACUCGGUAAACCUUUUAUUGAGUUUUCCGUCUGAUUUCCAGUAAUUCAACAAAGAGGUUCAAAGAUUGCAUAGACAUUAAUUAAAGAGCGUGAAAAAUUGCUAGUCGAUAUGGAGAGCUCGCUCGAGUGGCUCGGUGGAGAAGUCGGCAGGCUGAGGAACUUGUUGGUGAGGUUACCGUUGCUUACAACAAGGAUACCAGCCCGAACAAGCUGAAUCUGGGCGUCGGUGCUUACCGAACCGAGGAAGGGAAGCCUCUUGUUCUCAAUGUCGUGCGGCGAGCAGAGCAGAUUCUGGUGAAUGACGAGUCUCGUGUGAAGGAGUAUCUUGGUAUUACUGGACUUGCAGACUUCAACAAGCUGAGUGCCAAGCUCAUUCUAGGCGCUGACAGCCCCGCCAUACAAGACAACAGAGUCACAACAGUCCAGUGCUUGUCUGGCACUGGUUCUUUAAGGGUCGGAGCUGAGUUUCUUGCGAGGCAUUAUCACGAGAAAACUAUCUGCAUUCCGAACCCGACAUGGGGAAAUCAUCCGAAAAUCUUUAACCUCGCUGGGCUGUCUGUGAAAACUUACCGCUACUAUGACCCUGCAACAAAGGGCCUGGACUUCCAAGGAUUGCUGGAAGAUCUCGGAGCUGCACCAUCAGGGGCCAUAGUACUCCUUCAUGCAUGUGCACAUAACCCAACGGGUGUUGACCCAACCCUCGAGCAGUGGGAGCAAAUCAGACAGUUAAUUAGAUCGAAGCAGUUAUUGCCCUUCUUUGAUAGUGCUUACCAGGGAUUUGCAAGUGGUAGCCUUGAUGCAGAUGCAGAAUCAGUUAGAAUGUUUGUUGCUGAUGGUGGUGAAUGUCUUGCGGCACAAAGUUAUGCAAAAAACAUGGGACUCUACGGGGAACGUGUUGGGGCUCUCAGUAUUGUCUGCAAGGCAGCUGAUGUGGCAAGCAGAGUUGAGAGUCAAUUGAAACUUGUGAUCCGCCCAAUGUAUUCCAACCCACCAAUCCAUGGUGCAUCUAUAGUUGCUGCAAUUCUCAAGGACAGUGAAAUGUAUAGAGAAUGGACUGUGGAGCUGAAAGCCAUGGCUGACAGGAUCCUUAGCAUGCGCCAGCAGCUUUUCGAAGCCUUAUCUGCUAGAGGUACUCCAGGUGACUGGAGUCACAUCAUCAAGCAAAUUGGAAUGUUUACAUUCACUGGUCUCAACUCUGAACAAGUUGCCUUUAUGACCAAAGAGUACCACAUUUACAUGACAUCUGACGGGAGGAUUAGCAUGGCUGGCCUCAGUUCACGUACAGUUCCUCAUCUUGCUGACGCUAUACAUGCUGCAGUCACCCGUUCCACCUAGAUAGCUAGCUGUACUGUCAGAUUGUGGUUUAAGGGUACAUUUUUUGCUACUGAAGGCAAUGUUUCAUGUAAUCAAACAGACUUCAGCCAGAAAGACAUCUUUAGUCCUGGCUAGUCUUCUUUUCUUCACCGACUGUGCAUAGAGUUUAGCUUGCUUAUGCAAGCAUUGUAAGGAUAAUACCAUGAUGAACUUGCAUCGUUUUGAAUCCCUUAUUGAGAUAAAUUGGCCUAGCUUAUGGCUAUCUGUUAUAUCUUAUUUUUGAUUACUAUGCAUGCACCCCAUUUGGUCCUGACUCUCCCUAUGUUCUCUUUUGCAUCUUUUGGACAGUAGUAGUGUUCUGCAACAGCUGAAACCCAGAACCAUACUGUGUAGAAGAAUUUAUGAAAAAAGAC